CAUUGUGUAUUCAGGCAGGGCAACCGAGCAGAGACUGUCAUGUUCAUCUCCGUGAUUCUGGGGCUGCUGGUCUGCACUGAGGCACAAGGGAUCAGGUCUGGGACUGUGUUUGUGCUGAAGGGAGAGGAUGUGCUUCUGAAUGUCACCAAAGCUGAUGUUCUUCAGGAUGUUUUUAGUUUUUCAUGGACAUUUAAUAAAAAAAAAAAAGUAUUAACAGUUAACCCUGGCAACAAUCCAAUAGUAUUUCCUGAUUAUGCUGGAAGGAUUGAGUUUCUUGUGAACAAUUUCUCUGUGAAAUUGAAGAAUCUCAAAGAGGCAGACAGUGGAGUUUAUACUGCUGUAGUGGCAAAGCUUUCAGGAGACGUAACAGAAGCAGCUAAAUACAAGAUUAAAGUUCAAGAUCGAGUGUCUCUCCCUCUCCUCACAGUGAGCUCUGUCUCUGAUAACUCUUCCUCCUGUAGCUUCACUGUGACCUGCAGCUCACAGGACUCUCACAUCAACAGCACUUUCACAUGUGACACCAGAACCUGCAGUCAGGAGGGAGGAGAGCGGUCAGAGGGGAUCCCUGAUACUUUUCUCCAGGUCGACCAAUCAAGUGGCUCGAUCAUCUGUAACCAUAGCAACCAUGUCAGCUGGACCAACGACACCAAAACAAUCAAAGAUGUCUGCCCCAAACAUUUUGGGAUCAGUGCUGGGACUGUGUUUGUGCUGAAGGGAGAGGAUUUGCUUCUGAAUGUCACCAAAGCUGUUGUUCUUCAGGAUGUUUUUAGUUUUUCAUGGAAAUGUAAUGAAAAUAAAAAUAGUCUCCAAGAGGCAGACAGUGGAGUUUAUACUGCUGAAGUGAUAAAGCUUUCAGGAGGUGAAACAGAAGCAGCUAAAUACAAGAUCAAAGUUCAAGAUCGAGCGUCUCUCCCUCUCCUCACAGUGAGCUCUGUCUCUGAUAGCUCUCCCUCCUGUAGCUUCACUGUGACCUGCAGCUCACAGGACUCUCACAUCAACAGCACUUUCACAUGUGAAACCAGAACCUGCAGUCAGGAGGGAGGAGAGCGGUCAGAGGGGAUCCCUGAUACUUUUCUCCAGGUCCACCAAUCAAGUGGAUCGAUCAUCUGUAACUAUAGCAACCAUGUCAGCUGGACCAACAGCACCAAAACAAUCAAAGCUGUCUGCGCCAAACAUGAUGUUCCUCCCAAACCAAACCCUGUUCGCAUCAUUUUGGGAGUAUUCUUCACAAUUCUCAUUCUCGCCAUCAUUGGUGUAGUAGGACUUUGGUGUCUUCGAAAGAGAAGAACAAGCAAAAGAAUGAUUGUCGAAAAUACAAUUUAUGAUACUGCUCAGUUCGUAGCUCCAGCCGGGCCUCAGGAUCCAACAGAUGAUGAAGAUUCAGCUCUGUCCUCCUGCUACGCUAUGGUUGGUCCUCACACUGGACCCGCAGCACCCACUGAGCCUAGAAACACAGCUCAGCCAGAGAGUGUGAGUGUGUACGCUCAGGUAAAAAAGACCACACCAGGUCCUUGAAAAAUGAUCAGGAGUCGUAUUCCACAUACUGCACUAGUUGGGAUUACGAGCAACUGAGCCAUGGACUUUAUUUUCACAUUACCCUCUUUUGGUGUGAACAUCCUAAACCACGUCCUGUGUCUGCACCCAGAAGUGCUCUAACUCCACCUUCAAUGCACAGUUGUGAUUGGUUAAUGAUCGGUUUAAAUGACUCAUCAGCUUUUCUUGCAGUGUAUGCAUUCUGUAUCUCUAUGGCUAUGGGCUGCCAUCUUGACUCAAAGGAUAUUAUUUAUUGACUCCUCUCAGACAAUCCUGGGACAACAUUACAUUUUUUUUACAUCUUAAAGGGGACCUAUCAUGCAAAAUGCACUUUUGUACGUCUUUUAUACAUGAAUAUGUGUCCCCGGUGUUCCAGGGAACUCACCUUGGCCCGUUCUCAUUUCAUCAAAUGUCCCUCCUCGACUCCUCGACUCCUCGGUCCUCCGGUAGUGAACCGGAAAUGAAUGUUAGCGCGCCAUGUUAAAGGACAUCUCAUUUCUCGAAAUGCACAUCGAGGACCGAGCAUCGAGCGUCGAGGAGGCUCUCUGGAGGAGCUAUAACCGAGGAUACACUGAUUCAUCGCGACGCGAUGUUUCCAGUGAGAACAGCUGUGAGGU